AUGUCUUACGAAUCCGCGGGUGGACACCUGAGACUCGUGAACGCCUUAAGCAAACUGUACUCAAAGCUGGUCGGCCGUGAGAUUAAUGCCCAGAAGGAGGUGCUGGUGACUGUCGGCGCCUAUGAGGCCCUGUUCUGUGCCUUCAUGGGUCUCGUGAACCCGGGCGACGAAGUCAUUAUCAUUGAGCCCUUCUAUGACUGUUACGAACCCAUGACUGUUAUGGCCGGCGGAAUACCCAUCUUCGUGCCGCUCAGACCCCAACCGGUGUCGGGCCGACCCCUCAGCAGUAAGGACUGGGUGUUAGACCCGGAGGAACUGGCGUCUAAGUUCAGCCCCAAAACCAAAUUGAUUGUCGUCAACACACCCAACAAUCCGUUGGGAAAGUUGUUUUCCCGCGAAGAGCUUAAAAUGAUCGCCGAUUUGUGUAAAAAAUACGAUACGAUUGCACUCAUGGAUGAGGUGUACGAAUGGGUGUACUAUAAGGGAGGGGAACACAUCAGAAUGGCCUCGUUCCCUGAUAUGUGGGACCGAACCAUAACUAUAGGAAGUGUGGGCAAGACAUUCAACGUGACCGGUUGGAAAUUAGGCUGGGCGUACGGACCCGAGAACCUGAUACACCCGUUACGGCUAUUGCAUCAAAACACGGUCUACACGUGUGCGACACCACUGCAGGAGGCGGUGGCCGUUGGGCUCGAGACGGAGAUCGAGAGGUUGGGCGCAGAGGACUCGUAUUGGAAGGAAUUGCCGGAAAUGUUGGAACCAAAGCGCGACCGAAUGGCCUCAUUCUUGGCGUCGGUGGCCAUGAACCCCACGGUCCCAGAGGGCGGGUAUUUCAUGAUCGCCGACUUCGCA